AACCACCCACCAUGACCACCACCACCGAAACCACAACCCAAACCAACCCGAACAAUGGCACCCCCUCCCAAUUCUUCGACGAAGUGCACUUCCUCGGCGACAAAGAAGGCAAAGUGGUAAUCCGCUCCCCUCCCACCUUCACCACCGCCGAAGAAUCGCGCGAAUACCAGAAACAGCAUCUAGCAGCAGCCUUUCGAGUCUUCGCCAAACAGGGUUUCGACGAGGGCGUAGCAGGCCACAUCUCCCUCCGCGAUCCCCUCAAUCCCCACCACUUCUGGAUCAACCCCCUAAGCACACACUUCUCCCUCAUCCGCGUCUCAGACCUCGUCCUCGUCAACGAACACGGCCAAGUCCUCCCCGGCGGCGCGCAAUCCCCCAUCAACGGCCCCGCAUUCGCCAUCCACAGCGAAAUCCACAAAGCGCGUCCGGACCUCAACGCAGCAUGCCACGCGCACUCCGUCUACGGGAAAGCAUUCAGUUGCUUCGCCCGUCCCAUCGAAAUGCUAUACCAGGAUGCGUUACGCUUUUACAACGAUCUCGCCGUGUAUCCGCGGUACGGAGGGACGGUUCUCUCCACGGAAGAAGGGGCUCGGAUUGCCAAGGCAUUGGGCCCGACGUGUCGGAGCGUGAUAUUGCAGAAUCAUGGGAUGAUUACCUGUGGGAAGACGGUCGAUGAGGCUGCGUUUUUGUUCAUUGCGUUGGAUAGAUGUUGUCAUGCGCAGAUGAUGGCGAAUGCGGCGGCUGGGCCCGGGUGGGAAAAGGUGUUUAUUAAUCGGGAGGAGGCGGAGUUGACGCAUAGGAAGAGUGGGAAUUCAAGUAAGAUGUGGUUGGCGUUUCAGCCGUAUUUUGAUCAGGUGGUUAGGGAGGAUCCUGCUGUAUUGGAGUGAGUUAUGCUUCUGGGGUGGUGGGUUUGGGGGAGGGGGGAG